UGUUUGGAUGCUUGGAAUAUAUUUGAUUACCUCUGCCUUUUCAUUGCUUCGGGCCUUCGGCCCUCGCCAACUCGUCUUCCCCCCAUUGGGACUCAUCCUGCCACUUAGAGUCACUUCGGGCCUUCGGCCCUCGUCUUCCCUUCGAUUGGACUCUUUCUUCCACUUAGAGUCACUUCGGGCCUUCGGCCCUCGUCUUCCCUUCCAUUGGACUCCUCCUUCCAUUUAG